CUGAUCCAGUGUGUGCGCAACCAUGACGACAUCGGAAUCAGCGCCUACAGUAAAGCUCGAGCUGAGCUCCAUCCCACCUCGAACAAACCACCAAACGAACACCACCGUCCCAACCUCACCGUACAAUCAACACAACCACCAUGGCCACGCCGUCAACCCCCCACCUAAUCCCCCUCGCCUAUGCCACCCCCUCGCUGGGAAUGCACCCCUCGCACACGCUCCCACAGAAACUCUCCGCGAUCGCCUCAGCGGGGUACACCGGCUUCGAGCUGGGCAUCGACGACCUAGUCUCAUUCGCGCGCAGCUACCUACACAACCCGGAGCUGACCUCCACAUCGUGGCCAUCGCUCCUCCUCGCGGCCAAAAAAGUCCGCCUGCUGUGCGCGCCGCACUCCCUCAACCUUACGAUCCUGAUGCUGCAGCCGUUCUCGCAGUUCGAGGGCUACCACGGCACACGGCGCGCCGAGGUCUUUGAGAAAGCCCGCCACUGGACACAGCUCAUGGACGCGCUCGGCUGCGCCAUGCUUCAGGUCGGCUCAAACGACGAUCCCGCCGCCUCCGGCGACACCGGAGAUAUCGUGUGCGACCUGCGGGAACUUGCGGAUCUCGUCGCACCACGCAAGGUCGCGUAUGAGAAUUGGUGCUGGGGACGGCACGUUAACACGUGGAAGCAGGCGUGGGACGUCGUGCGCGAAACCGGCAGGGAGAAUAUCGGCCUGUGUCUGGAUACAUUCCAGACGUGUGGCGGGGAGUGGGCGGACCCCGGGACGGAAGAUGGACUGCGAGAAUUGGAGGAGGGCGAGAGAUUGCAACGCUGGAAUCAGAGUAUGCGGCAGCUCGAGAUGCUGCCGAAAGAGAAGAUUUUUCUGCUGCAGAUCAGUGAUGCUUUCAGACCCCCGAAACCGAUUGAGAGGGAACAAUGGAGUCAUAGUCUCAGACCGCCGCCGGGGAUGGGAGGGUAUCUGCCCGUGAAGGAUAUGGUCAACGCGGUGCUCAAGACGGGGUAUAGAGGGUGGUUCUCCGUUGAGGUUUUUCUCGAGGAGGAGCAUGGGAAGGAGUGGGCUGAGGGGCUGGAGGAGAAGUGGGCGGAGGACGGAAUGAGGGGGGUUAGGGGCGUGUUGGAGGAGUGUGGUAUUCAGGGAGGGGAGGUGGUUGAGUAGAUUAAGUAUGAGAUGUCACUCGAACUGGUGAUGGAUUGUGGAGGUAAUAAAAGUGGGCACAUGAUGCUAGUAUAUAAGUUUUUAAUAAAAAAAACAAUCUACAUACGUUUAAAAGGGUUGGAGAAAUGAAGAGGUUCAGUAU